GCUUAACUAUUCAUUUCCAACAUCAUGACACAAUAAAUCCUCAACUUGUCUGCACAUGCCUCCCACUCUUCCACAGUGCUUCGUCAUCAUUGUUGAUUCAGAUCUGAAGCUCCACACAUAACACAAGUGUAGUUGGAAGCUAAGCUUCUCAGGCAGGGAAAUUCCAACUUUGACCUCCUUUUCCGUACGACAAUGGCCCACUCAUUCCCAGAACAAGUGUUGAAGCACUUGUUUUCCUUCUUAACCUCAGACAAGGACCGGAACAGUGUAUCCUUAGUGUGUAAAUCAUGGUACGAGAUCGAAAGGCGGUGUAGGAAGAGAGUGUUCAUCGGGAACUGCUACUCUGUCAGCCCUGAGAUUAUGAUCAAACGGUUCCCUGAAGUCAGAUCUGUAACCCUGAAAGGGAAGCCACAUUUUGCAGACUUUAAUCUUGUUCCUGAGGGUUGGGGUGCCUAUGUUGAACCUUGGAUUAUUGCUAUGUCUAGGUCUUAUCCUUUGCUUGAAGAGAUUAGACUUAAGAGAAUGGUUGUCAGUGAUGAGUCUUUGGAGUUGAUUUCUACUUCCUUUGACAAUUUUAAACUGUUGGUCUUGUUGUCUUGUGAAGGCUUUACUACUGAUGGACUUGCUGCCAUUGCCGCUAACUGCAGGAAUCUGAGAGAACUAGACUUGGGAGAAAGUGAAGUGGAGGACCUAAGUAGCGAUUGGCUCAGUCAUUUUCCUGAUAGUUGUACUUCACUGGUGUCACUCAACAUUUCUUGUUUGGGUUCUGAGAUCAGCUUCUCAGAUCUGGAGUGUCUGAUUGCUCACUCUCCUAAUUUGAAGACACUUCGGCUCAGUCAAGCUGUGCCCCUUGAGAAGCUUCCAGACCUACUGUGCCACGCUUCCCAAUUGGUUGAAUUUGGUACAGGUGCCUACUCUUCUGAGGUACGGUCUGAUGUUUUCUCAAACUUGGAAGAAGCUUUUUCAGGCUGCAAGAGACUUGAAGGCUUGUCUGGAUUUUGGGAUGUCGAAGCAGGUUACCUUCCAGCUAUAUAUCCAGUUUGCUCCAGACUCACCUCACUGAAUUUAAGCUAUGCUACUAUUCAAAGCCCUGAUCUUGACAAGCUCAUAAGUCAGUGUCACAAUUUGCAGAGAUUGUGGGUACUAGACUACAUUGAAGAUACUGGUCUCCAGGCGCUUGCUGCUUCCUGUAAGAACCUUGAAGAACUUAGGGUGUUUCCUUCUGAUCCCUUUCUUCCAGAACCAAAUGUUAUCCUGACAGAGCAGGGCCUUGUAGCUGUCUCAGAAGGCUGCCCUAAGCUCCAAACAGUUUUAUACUUCUGCCGCCAAAUGACAAAUGCCGCUUUGGUUACUAUUGCUAGAAACCGACCUAACAUGAUCCGUUUUCGCUUGUGUGUUAUUGAACCUCGAGCUCCUGAUUACUUGACUCUUGAACCACUUGAUACUGGUUUUGGGGCAAUAGUGGAACAAUGCAAAGAGUUGCGGCGACUCUCUCUUUCUGGCCUCCUUACUGACCGUGUUUUUGAGUACAUUGGGACCCAUGCUAAGAAGUUAGAGAUGCUUUCCAUCGCUUUUGCUGGAGAUGGUGAUAUGGGCCUCCACCAUGUGCUCUCUGGUUGUGAGAGCCUCAGAAAACUAGAGAUCAGAGACUGCCCCUUUGGCGACGAGGCUCUUUUGGCUAAUGCUGCAAAGCUGGAGACAAUGAGAUCCCUUUGGAUGUCUUCUUGUUCAGUAAGUUUUGGAGCCUGUAAGCUGCUAGCUCAGAAGCUGCCUAAGCUUAAUGUUGAAGUUAUAGAUGAGAUGGGUCCUCCAGACACGCGGCCAGAAAGCAGCCCUGUUGAUAAACUUUACAUAUACCGAACAGUGGCUGGACCAAGGUUUGACAUGCCUGGUUUUGUUUGGACAUUGAAUGAAGAUGCCAAACAUUAGCAAUGGAAAUUCACAUUAGCUUCUGCAGGGGUGAUGGGCAAGCAUUCACCUUUAUGUUAUUAUUACUCCCUGUUUGUUUAAUCAGUCAUUAUGUAGAGCAGUGCUGGUUGAGGUGUGACAUGGCAGCCAAAAAGUGUUUGGUUCAAGAGCUCACAUGCCAUCCACUUUUACCUCUUGGCUGAGCUAAUUUACAGCAUUAACUUGUUUAAACUCUUUCGGAGUCGUUUGAUUUGGAACAAAGGUACUCGGGAUUAUAAUCCAAGUACCAACGACCACUCUACAUGUUGCUAUGUAUCAUUGGGAAUAAGAGUUACGAGUAUUCUGUUUUAGGGGAUGGGGUGCGUGUUUAACCAUGUACGUGCUAGCGAUUUGAAGACUUGUGCGUUGUAUGCAGCUAAUUUCAUAUCUUUUA